AUGGCGACCGAAUCAUACAAGCUGGGACUCCAAGCCAUUUUUGUGUUGGCGGUUCUAGAAUGCCUUCUUCAAGGAGUCCUAAUUCCUAUGAGCCUGACAUCCUUUAAGGCCUCUUCGGCGAACGAAAAACCACUAUGGUUUAAAGUGUACGUUCUGGGGAUCAACGGGCUCGGUCUUACACAAACGAUAUUAGUUAUUGCCCAAGGAUUCUACACCAUUGACGGUACACCUGGGCCUGAUAUGCCGAUGCAUACAUGCACUCUCUUAACACCGAUAAUAGCUGCUUUAGUACAGCUCUUCUUCAUCUACCGAUGUUGGGUCAUCUUUAACAAACAGCUCCUGCCAGCUGUUAUCUUAUUGUCUCUCCUGAUCAUAUCUUUCACAUCGGGGUUUGUUGCGGUGUUGUCUUACCCCGGGUGGAUACCUAGUAUUCCAUUCGAGAAGCGGUGGAUUCCAACUAUUGUAUUCUUGCACAACACUCGUGAAGGUGCGUCUGAGUCCAUUAUCCAACAACGAGAUUAG